AUGGGUAAGCUAGAUGAUCUUCUAUUAGAAAUCAUCUCAGAUAUAUUAUCUCGUUUACUAGCUGAGUCGGUUUUAGAGUGCAAACUGGUAUCCAAAUCAUGGAAAGAUCUUGUUUCUCAUCGAUCCUUUUCUCAGCUUCACUUAAAUCGUCUUAAUAUUGAUGAUUCCGGUAAGUUGGGGUUUAUUUUCACGACUAAUACAAUGCAUUAUACCAUGUACGAUGAGAUUUCUGGCACCUGCAUUAGAACAGCAAGGGACAAUUUUAGAACUCCUGCGAUAAUUUCAGGUUAUUAUGCUGUCGCUUUUUGCAAUGGCUUAGUUUGUUUCGAUGCAGCAUAUGGUGAUGACUGGAAGUACUUUCAACCUUCUUUUAUCUUAAAUCCCAUUACUAGAGAAUAUGUUAUGCUUCCUAGAAUCGAGAUAAAAGUACAAGUGAUGUGUGGAUUUGGCUGCAUUCCUUCAACUAAUGUGUACAAGGUUAUCAGGAUGUAUGAGUUAGCUGACAAACAUGUGCAGGUUGAGGUUUACACUUUUGGAAGUGGCAACGGAUGGAGAGAUGUUGGACAAAUAGACUAUCCUUUUGGACGUAAUCGAUUACCCGGCGUGUUUGUUGAUGGAGCUGUUUAUUGGUUCCUCCCAGGGCAAUCAUCCAUUGCUGCCUUCAAUCUGGCCGAUGAAAGGUUCAGCCAAGUUCCUUCACCACCUUUUUUGUUCUACUACUACAGUUUACAUUUAGGGGUUUUGGGUGAUUUUUUAUGUGCUACUUAUCCUAUCUACGGUUUGUCUUCUUGCUCAUUUGACGUAUGGGUGCUAAAGAAGAAUAAUGAGAAUCAUGGAAUGAGUUGGAUUAAACAGUUUAAUCUUGUUGGAUACGAACCAUUCACAUUUACGAAGAGUGGUGGGGUUAUAUGCUGUGGUGCCGGUAGAACAAAUUUAUAUCGUUAG